AUGGAGGGGGAGGAGGAUGAUGAUGGAGAUGGUGAUGAUGGAACUCCUAAAGCUUCAUCUGAGUUCCUAGCUGAGAGGUUCAUGGAUGACUUUAGGGAUGAUCCCAAGAUGAGCAUUGAGACUUUUCAGAAUCACAUCAGGAGGCACUUAGGAUUAGAGGUUGACUAUUACAAGGCUUACUAUGCUAGGAUAAUGGCAUUGCAGUUCAUCCAUGGUAGUGCAGCUGAGCAGUAUGGUAGAAUUUGGGAUUAUGCUGCUGCUAUUAGGAGAUACAACCCUGGUAGUUCUGCAUUUGUGAGGGUGACAAACAUUGAGAGACCCCCAACAUUAUUCCAGAGGUUUUACUGUUGUCUUCAACCCUGCAAAGAAGGGUUUGUGCAUGGUUGUAGGCACAUUUUAGGGGUAGAUGGUUGUCACCUAAGGAGUACUUGGCCUGGAAUCUGCUUGGUUGCUGUUGGAAAGGAUGGAAACAACAAUCUGUUUCCUGUUGCAUGGGGUAUUGUUGAAGCAGAGAACAAGGAAAGCUGGAAGUGGUUCUUGGAGCUGCUAGUAAAAGACUUGGGAUCAGUGACUGAGCACAUCACUUGGGUUCAUGAAAAUGAUGAUUUGACUUUUAUGUCAGAUAGGCAGAAGGGACUCUUGGAUGCCUUCAAAACAGUGGUACCUAAUGCAGAGAUUAGGUAUUGUUGUAGGCAUAUAUGGGCCAAUUUCAAGCUUGCAUUCCCAGGAGAAGCAUUUAGGUUAUGUUUUUGGAAAGCUGCCAGAGCUUCAACAAAGGAAUACUUUGAUUCACAAAUGGAAUCCAUCAAAAUGCUGUCAAAAGAUGCAUUUACCUACCUAAACAAAAUUCCCACAGACAGAUGGAGCAGACAUGCCUUCUCAACUAAGAGUAAGUCUGCCAUGAUCCUCAACAAUUGUUGUGAAUCUUUCAAUAAUGUAAUUAGGGAGGCUAGGUCACAACCUAUUCUAAGUAUGAUGGAGUGGGUAAGGAGGUAUGUGAUGAAAAGGGCAUGCAUAAAGAGGGAAGGGAUGGAGAACUAUGUGGGUAAGGUGAUGCCUGCUGCCAUAAAGUUGUUGCACUUAUCAAAAGAGGGUGCAAAGAACUGCUUUGAGACCAAGUCUACUCCCCAAUUGUUUGAGGUUAACCAUGGAGAAAAUCAAUAUGUGGUUAACCUUCAAGCAAGGACAUGUGGUUGCUAUAGGUGGGACUUGACUGGCAUCCCUUGCUGUCAUGCCUUUAGAUGCAUCAUGAGAAACAGAGCUGACCCCGAAGACUAUGUGCAUAAGGCAUACACCAAGGAAGCUUUUUUGCUUGCUUAUGCCCCUGUUUUCUACCCAAUGCCUGGUAUGAAACAGUGGGAGAAGACAAAAUCCCCACAUCCACUGCCACCACCAUUCAGAAAGAUGGCAGGAAGACCCUCUAAGAGGAAGAGAAUUAGAGCAGAAGGUGAGGAUGAUGAACAUGUGACUGCUUUGGUUGUCAAAAGGAGGAAGCCCACUAGGUGUGGCAACUGUGGUGAUUUUGGCCACAACAAGAAGACUUGCAAGAAUGAUGCAGCUCCACCACCACCUCCAAAAAAGAUGGGAAGGCCUAAAAAGCAAGGUCCUUUUACAAAGCAUGCAUGCACAUCAAAGAAGAACCUAGCUGAUUCUGGUGCAUCUGCAUCUGCAACCAAGAGAAAGAGCAAGGCUGCACCAGCUAAGGGAAAGAGCAAGGCAGCACCAGCUAAGGGAAGGACCAGGGAUGCACAAGGAACUCAGGAACCUGCUUCACAAGUUGAUGAUUAG